ACGUUCAGUUCACAAUGAAUGUUAUCACCUACCGGAAGUCGGAAAAGAUUACAAUAAUAUAAAUAAAUGUCGACUACACACUUCAUCAAGGAAAAUGGGUAAUUCGUUACAACGAAGAACGACUACUGCUUUACUUAUGAUGUGGAUUUUAUGGGCAAUUGUGAAUUUAAUAUACACAAAUAAUCCGAAUUUCAACCCAAUGAAAAUGCAACCGACACCCAAAAAUGACAGUUCAUUCAAUUUUACUAUUUUGUUGUAUGCUCCACCUACUUAUCCAAAAAAUUAUUACAAAAUUAACUUUUUAAAAAAAUGUGUCUUUCACAAUUGUAAAAUCAGCUUUGACCGUUCCUUGCUACGUUAUAGUGAUGCUGUAAUUUUCUUUUAUAAGGAAAUAACUUUUAAACCCCCAUUUAAAUUCCCUAAUCAGACGUGGAUAUUAACAAAUUUUGAGGCUCCUAACUUUAAGUCACCUGGAAAAUAUGUUAAAUACUUUGAAUUUGAUUGGACUAUGUCCUAUCGCCAAGAUUCUGAUGUGUAUGUACCAUAUGGAGUUAUAGAGGAGAACAGGAUAAAUUAUCCAAAGAAUUAUUCGUCGAUAUAUGCAAUGAAAACAUAUGACGUGGCUUGGAUAGUCAGUAACUGUAAGACUAAAUUUAGAAGGGAGGAAUAUGUUGAAAAACUUUCUAAAUAUAUAGACAUUGAUAUUUACGGUAAAUGUGGAUGGAAUUCAUGCCGAGGUUCAUCAAUUUUUCAAUGUAAACAGAGACUCAGUAAACGUUACAAGUUUAUGCUUGCCUUUGAAAAUUCAUUAUGCGAAGAUUAUUUGACAGAAAAGAUAUUUCAUUUAUACCGGGAAAAUAUUGACAUUAUUCCUGUUGUGAGAGGUGCUCCUAACACCGAGGAACAUUUACCUAACAACACCUUUGUGUUAGUUUCAGAUUUCAAAUCUCCAAGAGAUCUUGCACACCGAUUAAAAACAAUUGGAGGCAACGAGACGCUGUAUACCGAAAUGUUAAAACAAAAAGACAAAUACACAGCUUUUUCAGAUCCAAACGAAGGAACGGGUAUAUGGGGUCUAUGCAGAACAUGUCAAUUAUUGAAUAAUAAUUAUCAAUCAAAUAAAACAGAGGAUAUACCAAAAUGGCUAUCCGGAAGAUCGUGUAUUUUACCGUCCGAUUUGUGAUUAUUUCAACAUUGGAACUACAACAUCAUGCAACCGAAUUGGUUGAUUUUCAAAGAAAGUCCUUGUUAUAUAUUUGUCAUAGGUUAAAUAGAAUGCUUUUAAUCAAAUGAAGAUGAAGGUUUGAAUUGGAAAUUGUUAUGAAUAUAGGUCUUUUGACGUUUUUUUCCCUUUGUUCAAUAUUUGAGGAAUGACUGUAAUAUUUUUUCUGUCUAUGAAGAAAUAACAUAAAAAAAAAUUGGUGCACACUGAAUAACGCGCGUAGCAAAUAGACAGAAAAAUAUUACUGUUAUUUCUUAUAAUUUAAUUCUAAAUUGUUUUUUAAACCGUAGAAAACCAUGAAAAAACGUUGAUAACGUCACGGUCACAUGACUAAAUUAUGUAUAUGGGCUCAUAACAAAAUAACGUCAGCCAAUCAGAAGACGUGUUACAUCCAAAAUUAUAUUAUAUAGGUAAUGAAAAUUAAAAUGAAAAAGCUUGCUAAUUGUUUAUUCAAUUUAUGAUUUGGUUCAAUACAUAUUAUUGUGUGUUUACAAUUAAUACAUUGUUGACAGUUGUUUUAUUGGCAAUCAGACCUUACCUUCGUAUCUUCAAAUUGAGCUCGAACUAUAUCUUUAACUAUAUCGAAGUGUGCGCAAUAUAGCCUUUUAAUACUAAUGCGGCGUAAAGCAACCAACAAUCAAUCAACUAAAUGGAGUGUAAGUAGUAUACUUACCAAUUUAUACAACAUCGGAAGUUUAAGUAUUGGCGAGACAUGCAGCAGCUACUUGUAUUCUUACAGAUGGAAAGAAAAAAAAACCACACAUUUAGUUUAACAUGUAUUUUGAUUCCAUUGGUAAAGUACUAAAUUAUGCUUUUGGUUUGAUAGAUACAAAUAAGAAUGUUUAAAUGAACUAAUAGAUCAGACACUAUCCGUCCAUAUUUUGUUUGUAGUUUACAAAAGUCACAGAUUUACAUAAACUUCGUGUUGUUAACUGAUUAAUAAGGCUCCGGGUUAAAUAUAUGAAUGAGUUUUGUGCAUUAAUUUAAACCAAAUCAUGUGAUAUCAUCUGAAAUAUCUUGAAAUGAAUUUUGCUGAUAUAUUCAGAGUUUCAAUUGCAAUAUUUAUAUGAUUUAACAUAGUUUUCCCAGUUACAGUUGAUCCAACAGUAGAUUUAGUGGCAUCAGGAACAGUUUUGUAAAAGGAUUGGCCACACAAUUAAAAUUUAUUCUAUAUUCAGUUUAUUUUGUUAUUGCUACUGAUUUCAAUAUUGUGUGAUAUUUAUAUUUGCAUAUA